CUGAAGGAGGUUUUUAUGAUGAUAGAAUCUGGAGCAUUCUUGAGGUAAGAUUGAGAGUGAUGUUAGGUUGAAUUCUGUUUUAUGAAAGACGGGCACUUGAGAAGUGAGUCACUGAUUGUGGUGAGUAUAAUCAUGAUGGAUGAACGUCUGUUUUCUGAGUUAUGACUGAUUCGCACUUUGUUCUGUUGAGAGAAAAUAAUGUCUUUGUGUGUAGGUCCACGCUUUUGUUAUCAAUACUUUUGCAGGUGACAAAUCUACUAUGUUUUCCCACUCUCUAAGUUCCCAUGAAUGUUCCCUUUGUUUUCGGCCCUGGAUAUUCCUUGACUCAUCAUCUGUGUUAAAUGAGAACUGUUUGGUUCAAAUAAUUUUGUUUUGUAUUCCUUAAAACUCAAAUUACCCAUCAUCCUCGGAGUCGAGCCAGGUGCCGGGCGGACUCGUUGUGCAGGAUUCACAACCUAACCUAACCUGACCAUUAGACAAGAGGUCUAGUUCUACAUACACCAUCAAGUUCAAGAUGUCACUCGUCGCUCUAGGCAGACAGGGAACGCAAGAAUCCGACAUGAUGAAGGCCACUGGAGGAGGUUCAUCUGAAUCGGAGUCAGCUUCUUCAGGAGCUUUCUCUUCCGCCUCUCGUCGUCAUAGAGAUGAACAUGCGAAUUUGGCUGCUCUUGCUGCCGCCGAUGAGUGGAAGGAGUCGGAUUUGAGCUCGUUUUUAGGCUGGACCGAUGCGGAGACUACUGAGCAUGAGAUUGAUGAUGUUAAGGCAAAGGCUCUCACUAAUUUAAAUUCGUCUUUGAUCAUUCUUGCAUCCUUGGGCAGUCGUGUGGGAGAGUCAGUUGUAUCACACUAGGAAGAUGACGCGCGGAUAGUUCUAAUGAUGAAGAUGUUUUGGAUUUCGCGAACGAUACGAUGCUUGGUGCUAUGGCUUUAGGCUUAACUGGUCAAACUCGUCGUCACUCUCCAGAGGAAGCCAAGAGGCUGCAGGAAGCGGGAGCAGCGUAUAGGGCGAAAAAGCUAGCCGAAGCAGCAGCUGCCAGACAAGCAGCUCUAGACGCAGAAGAUGCGGUCGAAGAUGCUUGGGAGCAAGCUGCUGCAGAUGUGAUGGAUAAUUUCGAUAAGACUGUGGAGGAACAAGAAGCUUUGGUGAAAAAAAAGACGGGCACCAUGAAGAAAAAAGGCAAAAAGAAACCUAGAAGUGUUGGAGAACGAGAGUCUUCUGGUUUCGCCCUAAUCGAAGAAGCAGGCGAUGGCGACGAUGCUAAGAAGAAAAAGAAGAAGAAAGGGGGUGUGUUAGGGAGUUAUUCCGGGUCUUCCUCUUCUUUUAAGGCUCAACUUUCAAUGGUCAUUGGGGCUGGUCAAUGAGGUCGAAGAGGCGCCCCCUUGAGAGAACCAACAGGGGAAAACGAAGGGAAAAGGGAGAGCUUUGGGGGGAGUCUCCUCCGUUCGGAGUCAGUGACCAAUGAAUGCUGAGCUUUAAUUCUUCGUCGUUGUACACGACAGGAGCAUCUUCCUAUACCUCCAGCAGUGGAUCCUCCUACACCACUUCUUCCUCAGAUUCCGACAUCGUUAUGAUAGACUUAGAGGGCACAGCAGCCAAAGAUGACGCUGACGCCGAACUAAGCGACGAGAUGGAGGAGGAAUUUGGAUCAGAUGAUGCAGAGAAUUUGGAUGGAGAGAUGAUCCGUGGUGGUGCAGGACCAGGAGGUGUAAAGUUAAGGGUUUCCGAAUUUUUACAUCCCUCACCUAGUGAUUACUUGGCUCAUUCUCAAGGGGAAAAUAGGUCAAGGAUGUUUUGAAGAAUGCAACUCGGCAACCUCUAAUAUAGAACGAUGGCAGUGGUACUGGGAGAGUAGGAGGACCUGCAGCAGGUGGAAAAGAUGUAGCGAGUCCUCCAGGAUCCCAAGCAGUUUCUUCUGUUAUCAUGUCGAAACGGGCAGCCUUGCGGAAAGCAGCAGGCCUGAACGAAGGUCAGAAAAUGAGUACACUGUUGAGCGAAUUAGCCGUUCAAUCCGAUGGCGAGUUGUCGACCUAUGACGCAGCUGAGUCGCUCGCGAGAGCCUAUACCUCUAUUGCAGCCGCUGGAGAAGGUCCAAAGGUAGUUGCUGAUAUCUUUGCUAGCAGUGGUGCAAAAGCAGGUGAUGAUGCAACUGCAAGCAAGGCUGCAGGUGGUACAACUAGUACUGCCGAGGACGGCGCAAAAAAGGAACCAGAGACACCGGCUCAGAAAGAGAAGGCGCAAUUGUUACGUAAACAGCAGGAGCAACAACAGCUUUUAGCCCUCGGGUUGAUCGAUGAGCCUCCACGACAUCCGUUGCUGAGUUUUCAUGCUGCAGCCGCGAUUCGAGACGUUUUCCUCCCGGACUCUGCAGUAAAUUGGCUCCGCAGUGGCAGUACCAAUCCCGAAGCGCCAGUGCCUGGAGACAAGGAUAUCCAAGGUAUUCGAAAGCUGACCGGCGGCUUCCUGCCGAUGUAUCCGAACGAAGAGGAGAAAGAACGGGAAAGAGCACGACCGCCUUUGGACGUAGGCGUUUUUGGAGUCCGACAUGCGAAAUUGUUGACGAAUUCGCGCUUAGCUGUACCGCAUCCGCAGAGUGGAGGAAUGCCCCUGGGUUUUCUAGGGUUUCGCGUUCAGGACAUCCCGAACCCAGGUGAUAAGCCAGAAAACUACCCUAUGUCCAUGCCUGCUGCAGCGGGGACAUCCACUUCCACACAUCAAUCAAAAACUACAGAAGUUGUCAAAAGUGGAAGAAUUGUGCCUGCUCCAGCAUCGGAUGUGCAAGUUGGAAGUUUGGAUCAUGCGCAACACGUUUUGCUGACCGGAAACGCAGAGGCGCAACCCUCCAUCAAAGGAACCAGGAAAGGAAAGGAUGUUGAUAAAAUGUUGAAGGGUUCUGGUGUGAGUGAUUUCGCCGCUUAUGAGCGGUAUAAGGAAAUCGAAGCCAUAUACGCCGAAAUGGAGGGCCUAGAGAUCGACGAUCUAGACGCUAUUAUGCUCGAGCGUACUCGCCACGAUCAGUAUGACCGUGAUUACGUCGAAGAGGCGAAGUUACAGCAGCUGAGGCUGCUGUUCUUGUUCCGGAACCAGUUGGCUACGACUUUGAAGGACCAUGAAGAAAAAGUGUCCAAGCAUGCAAUAAAAUUAAUGCAAUUCGAAGGACCUUUGUCGAAAGCUAUGCGUCGAAAAUUUGAGGCACAGGAGGCAACGAAACGCGCAGCUGCGCGAAAGGAGGCUGAAAAAGAACGGAAACGAAAACUGAAAGCCCGUAACGUCAAAAUCGCCUUGAAAGGAGAUGCCAAUGUGGGUAAGGGUACUAUGACGGCUCGACAACUGCGCGGACGCGAGUUGAAUACGGAUCAUAUUCGCAACUGGCUAGUGCAAGAGAAAAGUGAUAACGACGAUGAUUCCUCAAGCGAUGAAGAGGAGAAGAUGUCCGGAGAAGCCAUGGCAGCGGCUAAGAAAGCUCUGGAGGACAUGAAAGGAGCUGAUGAGGACGCGGCAUUUGGAACGCAUCCUGCACUGGCUACUUCUGCAGCUUUCCACAAAAAACGCGUUUCCCAAUUACGUGUCGAUCACGUGCAUCGAUCGAUUUUACAGCAACUAGAAGAUUCUGAAUCCGAGGUCGACGGCGUCUUGCAAGAAGCGGGGGACGAAAACUUGUACCCAGCACACGGAAUUCGAUUACGCGAAGUAUACCCGACUGUGAGGGAAUUUCGCAGACGAGAGGCCAUGUUAAAGACCAAGGAGUUGGAAAAACAACGGAAAACCUUGUUAACAGAUCAGUCUGUUGGAGGAGCGCUGUUGGCCAUGACGAAGGAGGAACUGGAAGAAGCGAAGAGAGAGCAGGAAGCAGCGAGUAAAAAGAAAGAAGAAAAGCCUCCACCUCCAGAUGACGACGAGGACGAUGAUUUCGCCGCAGACGGAUUAACCGAUGCGAUUAACGCUAUCGUCAAAAAAAUCACCGACGCCGCCGAUAGAGUCCAGGAAAAAUUAGAGCCCAUGGUUGAUUCAGUGGUCGCAGAUGUCGCAGACAAUGUGAAUUUGGACAAUGACGAAGCUGUCCCCGAGGAGGUGAUGGAAAUCUUCAGCGGAAACCAACGAGCCUCGGAUUACGCGUCCGCCAGAAAAAGCAAUAAGAUGCACGACUUGCUGAAACAAAGAUACCAAAUUUUGAAAUCAAAACACGGACUCUUGGAUGUGAAAGGCUUAAAAGCGAAGGGGUUUUUAGGUGGGCAGAAAGUUAACCCGAAUGAUGAGGACGCGUUCUUGAAAGAAAUUGAGGAUGAUGAAAAUGCGCAUAAAAAGCUGGUCAGCCCGGAGCAUCACAGCGAAAUGGUAGAAGCAGAUGCACAGAAGCACCGGGACAGGGAAGCGAAAUUCCUAAGACACGAAAAUCACACUGAUUUGGCGCAUCCUAGUAUGACCGACCGAAAGCGCAAUCAUCAUCUCGUGUUUCCGCCACCACACGUGAAAAUCCCCGACCCGGAUGUUUACCAGAGCAUGGCCGUGGACCAUCACGGACUUACAAAGCGUGCGGCUGACUUCGGUUACCAUGCGAGACAAGGCCAUGUGCUGGAGAACUUGUACCAAAUCAAAGAUCCCGAAGAAGAGGCCUUUUUUCACUCCAGAAAGCUCCUGCAUGAACGCAGGAGAAAUUGGAACGGCGAACGCCGGAACAUGAAUUCCAACAUACCAGGAGGAGUUGCGAGUCGAGGAGCCAGUAAGGAUAGCGCGGCUGGAGACGAGGAUAGUACUGGUGCUGAAGGAGCGGCCGCCAGUUUCUUCCAAAAGCCCGCUAGUCCUAAAAAGGAAAAGGAUGUUGAGAAGAACGAAGCGGAAGGCGAUGAAGGAGAAGACAAAAGUGGUGCUGCUUCUUCUCUCUCUCCAGGAGGAGGCACAACUACUACGAAAAAGAAAGGCAAAACGAAAACGAAAGACAUCGCUAGCAAGGAUCAUCAAGACAAAUACUUAAUGUUGGACUUCAACAUCCCUGAAAAGUUUGAAGACACUGCGAAAAGACGCACGGCUCAGCAAGAUAGAAAGAAUAGCACUGGUAGCAGGACGUCCGCCACAGGCUUGACGGCAGGGUUGUUGACAGGUAAGAAGAGUCCUGCACGUCGUCUUGAAGAGAAGCAACAUCAACAACAGCAAGAACAACUGAAAAACCAGCUCGAAGAGCAAGCGUUGGCCGAUAGACCUGCCAAGAAAGCGAGUCACAAGUUCGGUUGGUCGCAUGAGUAUGACAAACAUCUUGCCGAAGAGCCACAGGAAAGGUCCGACUUCUUUCUCUUCCGAGACGGCGUGAAAAGUCGAGAAGACGCCAUGGCGAAACAGAGGACUUUGUUGGAUGCAAAGUUGAAAAAUAUGGCUAAAGCUAGCAGAGCGAAGGCGAAAGAAGAGCAUGAAGCGUUCAAGCGCGCAGCACGGGAUUACAGGCCGCGUAUAGUAGAAGCGACGAUUGAGAUGAUGCGUACGGGAGGAGCGCCAGAGGGUGCAGAAGAUGACUCGGCACUCGACGAAAGCAGUUCUGCGGAGGAAAAUGACGACAAGGACAAGAAGGAUGCUGACGAUGCAGCUGAUGACACCGCGUCCAAAACGUCAAAGAAAGAGUUAAAGGUCUCUGCGAAGAGGGUUAGGUUACAUCCUUAUACAAGAGCAUGCGCAGAGCGUCUGCGGCGUUUCGGAAAGGGCGAGGAGGUAUGGGAUGCGGAUGAUGGCUACUAGAGAUUAUGAUAUGUUGUGGCUGUAGCGGAGCAACUGAUGUUCUUGGGGAAAAAAGUAAAUGUGGUGUGAAAAGAAAAAGGUCGAAGUAGCUGUAGUACUCAAGCAAAUACCUACAAAUAGAAAUACUGACAAGAAAAGGAUAAUGGGGAACCUGUACUAUUAGCUAUUCUUUGGGGAAAAUUCAUUUAUGUAAAAUACCUAUUUGGAAGUUGUACGCUUAUCUGAUUAUACAAAAGAACCUAAGGUAGGCGCAUCGCACAUAGACACUUAUCGUUACUCACUUAGACACUUAUCGUUACUCACUCGAACUAGAAUGUAUGUAUAAACACAGGAAUAUAUCGCACCACGACUUUUCUUACUUAUGUUGAACUCUUUGAACUUCUUUUCGAACACGAACUCUCUUCUUACUAAGAGCCAUCAAAAUCAAUGCUAUUCGUUUGCAGAUGAACACUCAAGUUGGGGGUUUUAAGAUCUGAAUUUGGGGUUUUAAGGUGUAGUUACAAUUGGGGCAUCUGCAACUCGUGC